AACCCGCAUGUAUAUACAGAAAGAUCGAUGAACAUAUGCCAGCACAUCUAGGUAUUUUAAAUUGCUGAGCUACGAUUUGCAGCCCGACGCGAGGCCUACAUUUCAGUUGGCCGGAAGUGCAAGGCUGUACAGAAGAAACCCAGGGCUAGAAAUCCCUUAAUGAAAAGGAAAGAUGCGGCGGUUGGGGCGCUAGGGCUUGGUGGAUAUGCGAGCGACGAUGAAGACGAUGAUUAUAGCCAGGAGCCUGGGCCUGAGGACAAUACGGAGGAUCAAUCUAAUGGCGACCAUGGUCCAGGCGUGCUUUUGCCGAAUUACCGGAGUCGAGAGUCUCUGGACCUCAAUGGCCUUGAAGAUGAAGCAUUAGCUGAGGAGCGGCGUCGGUCCCCAGAGACAGCCGAGACCUCGGGUGCUGACGGCGGAGGUGACGAAGGGUACGGCACCGGGCGAUUGGAUCCGGAUAACCCUUUGAACAGGCUCCCCCCUGAGCUUCGGGAUCCGCUGCCGACGACCUGCCCCGAAGAGCUGCAGGCGCGCUUCAGCCAGUACUUGGACAAGCUGCGCUCCAAGGGCAUCUCGCUGACGGACUCGAUCACGCACCGCAAGGAUUUCCGCAACCCGGACUUUCUGCAGAAGCUGGUGGACCAUUUCCAUGUGCAGGAGCACGGCAGCGCCUUUCCGCCCGACGUGUUCGACCCGGAUAGCCUGCCGCCGGAGGAUAUCAUAGACCAACUCAUCAAGGCACUGGAGCGGGAGCAGGAGCGCCGGGCGCGGUUGCGGGAGCAGCAGUCGGCCGCUGGCACCGCCCGGAUAGACUUCACCAAGGCCACCGGGCAGUUUGGCCACAUCCCCGCAUCCAAUAGCGCCACCAACCUGGCCAUGGCACAACAGGCGGCGGCCUUCGCCCAGGCGGCGGUUGCCAGGGUGGUGGGAAGUAAGCGCUGAUUACAACGAAACAUAAACACAACGAAUAUUGGCACAGACGUGAAUUCUCACACGCUCGCGCUUGUUUGUGUUCGUGUUUGGAUGGCCUCACUCUUAAACUCUAAACUACGUGCGCACAGCAAGACUUCCUGGCUUCGGGAGAGGGUUGUGAGAGGCUGAGUAGGGCCUUUUGCCUUGGACGAUACUGUAUUGCAUUCACGUCUUGGUAGUUGAUGCGCGUCAGUGGGCUUUCCUGUGUGACUGUGCCUCGUUGCUGGUGCGUGCGCUUUGCGAUGUAGCACGGCGUGUUGUUGGCGGCGGAGACCCACCGUACUCGUUUGGUUGCAUCGAUUAAGGAAAGUUCGCCCACAUGGCUAAUGAAGAGCUACAUAGUAAUCGAGGGUAAUGGAGGUUGUCGGGAAUCCUUUCCCUGAAUGGUAAGACACAAUGUGCCUGCUGCAAGGUUCAACACCCGC